CAGAACUAAAACGGUAUCCUGUGUGGAAAAGGUCUCCUGCGCUCAUUUCAUUGCUGGUUAAAUUAAACAUUAAAUCAAAAGUGUUUUGUUGCAGUUUUACUGCCCUCUUUUACCACUGCACCCUUUACGUCUUCGUAACGUGUAUUAAUGUCAACAGCUAAUCAAACGGAGACAAGCUCACCUCCAAGCAAACGUGUCAAGUUAAAUUCUGUUGGUCAUCAAAACGGUGAAGCUUCCUGUCAGAAAUCUAAUAAGAGUAGAAGUACUUCUGAAACAGUCAAUAUGGAAACCAUGGAAACCAAUGGUGGUGGUCAGGAAAUUGAUGAAGGAUUGUAUUCGAGGCAGUUGUAUGUACUUGGUCAUGAAGCUAUGAAGAAAAUGGGUGUAUCAAAUGUUCUUAUAUCUGGCAUGAAAGGACUUGGAGUUGAAAUAGCAAAAAAUGUUAUAUUGGCAGGAGUAAAAUCUGUUACUCUCCAUGAUCAAGAGAAGUGUUACAUUGAAGACAUUUCCUCACAGUUUUAUGUGACUGAAAAAGAUGUUGGCAAAAACCGUGCUGAAGUUGCUAUCAGCAAACUGUCCGAACUAAACAGUUACGUUCCUGUAUCAAUCCACAAGGGUGAAUUAACUGAAGAUUGCCUGUUAAGAUAUCAAGCUAUUGUUUUAACUAACUCUUCUCUUGAAGAACAGCUUAGAGUUAGUGAUUUCACACAUAAAAAUGGUUUAAAAUUAAUCAUUGUCGACACUCGAGGUCUUUUUGGUCAACUUUUCUGCGAUUUCGGUGAUGAUUUUGUUGUAUCUGAUGUUAAUGGAGAACAAUGCAUUAGUAACAUGAUUGCAUCAGUUACAAAAGAUGUAGAGGGUGUUGUCACAUGCCUGGAUGAAACAAGACAUGGAAUGGAGGAUGGAGACUAUGUCACCUUUAGUGAAGUACAAGGAAUGGUAGAAUUAAAUGGAUGUGAACCAAGAAAAAUAAAAGUUUUAGGACCAUACACAUUUAGUAUUGGAGACACAUCAACAUUUUCGGAUUACGUUCGAGGUGGUGUUGUGUCACAAGUUAAAGUUCCAAAAACAAUUCACUUUAAAUCACUUCGUGAGUCAAUAAAACAACCUGAGUUUUUGUUCACUGACUUUGCAAAAUUUGAUCACCCAUCUCAACUACAUCUCGGAUUCCAGGCACUACAUGAAUUUAAAAAAGUUACUGGAUUGUUACCACGCCCAAAGAAUAAGGGUGAUAUCGAAAAAUUCUUGUUAAUCACAAAGGAAAUAAAUGAAAAAAUAGAAACAAAGGUUGAUGAACUGAAUGAAAAAUUGCUAUCGGAACUUGCUUCAGAAGCGACUGGAGAUCUUUGUCCUAUGCAAGCUGUUAUGGGUAGUAUGGCAGCUCAGGAAGUGAUGAAGGCUUGUUCUGGGAAAUUUAUGCCAGUGAUGCAGUGGAUGUAUUUUGAUAGCAUAGAAUGUCUUUCCGAGGAAGAAAACGAUUUACCAGAAAGUAAUUUCCAACCUGUUAAUUCUCGUUAUGAUGCACAAAUUGCAGUUUUUGGACAAGAAUUUCAAAAGAGAAUAGUGUCGAAGAAGUAUUUUAUUGUUGGUUCAGGUGCUAUUGGAUGUGAAAUGCUUAAAAAUUUUGCAAUGAUGGGCAUUGGAUGCAGUUCAGAAGGCAAAGUUGUUGUUACCGAUAUGGAUCUGAUUGAGAAAUCAAACUUGAAUCGUCAGUUUUUAUUUAGGCCACAUGAUGUUCAGAAAAUGAAAUCCCAAACUGCUGCCAACGCUGUUAAAGAAAUGAACAUGGACAUGAACAUUAUACCUCAUCAAAACCGUGUCGGUCCUGAAACUGAAAAAAUAUAUAAUGAUGACUUCUUUGAAUCACUGGAUGGUGUCUGCAAUGCUCUUGAUAACAUUGAUGCACGCUUAUAUAUGGACCGUAGAUGUGUAUAUUACAAAAAACCUCUCAUGGAAUCUGGAACUCUUGGCACAAAGGGAAAUGUCCAGGUUGUGUUGCCUGAUGUGACUGAGUCAUAUAGCUCAUCCCAAGACCCUCCAGAAAAAUCUAUUCCAAUUUGUACACUUAAAAAUUUUCCAAAUGCUAUUGAACAUACACUGCAAUGGGCUAGAGACUCGUUCGAAGGGCUGUUUACACAAUCCGCUGAAACUGUCAAUCAAUACAUAACAGAUCCUAAAUUCAUGGAAAGAACUUCUAAGCUUCAAGGGAUGCAGUUGCUGGAAACACUUGAGACCGUGCACAAAGCAAUCCAAAAUAAACCAACUAAAUUUGAAGAUUGUAUUAAAUUUGCUAGACUUCUCUUCCAAGAAUAUUUUUACAACCAAAUAGCUCAGUUAUUGUACAACUUUCCUCCUGACCAGGUUACCUCAUCUGGUGCUCCUUUUUGGUCUGGUCCAAAACGGUGCCCAACUCCAAUCAAAUUCGACCCAUCCAUAGAUAUGCAUUUAGACUUUGUUGUGGCUGGUGCAAACUUACAUGCUUUCAAUUAUGGAUUGAAUGGAUCCACCGAUCGCUCUUUAAUUUUAAAAGCCUUGAAAGAAAUUACCGUUCCAGAAUUUGUACCAAAGUCAGGUGUUAAAAUUUCCGUUACUGACCAAGAGGCUCAAAACAGUGCCAAUGAUGUUGAUGAUAUUAAAGUUGAAAAUAUUAAAAAAAAUUUACCAAGUCCUGAAAAUUUGAAAGGUUUAAAACUCAACCCUGCUGAUUUUGAGAAGGAUGACGAUAGUAACUUUCAUAUGGACUUCAUUGUCGCGUGUUCGAAUUUGAGAGCGACCAACUACCAGAUCCAACCAGCAGAUAGACACAAGAGUAAACUCAUUGCUGGUAAAAUCAUUCCAGCUAUCGCAACAACAACUUCUCUAGUUACUGGAUUGGUUUGCUUGGAACUUUAUAAGAUAUUCAACAACAACAAGAAAAUCGAAUCUUACAAAAAUGGAUUUAUUAAUUUAGCAUUACCUUUCUUUGGAUUUUCUGAACCUAUUGCAGCUCCAAAAAUGAAGUACAACGACACUGAAUUCACUCUCUGGGAUAGCUUUACUGUCGAUGGAAAGAUGGAGGAUGGUUCAGAAAUGACAUUGCAGCAAUUAAUGGAUCACUUUAAGAAUCUUGGUCUUGAGAUUACCAUGAUAUCACAAGGUGUUUCAAUGAUCUACUCCUUCUUCAUGAAUGCUGCUAAAAGAACUGAAAGACUAGGCGCUCCGAUUUCGCAAACCGUAGAAAAGGUUUCUAAGAAAAAAAUUAAACCGCAUGUUCGAACACUGGUAUUAGAAUUGUGUUGCGACGAUAAAGAUGGCGAGGAUGUGGAAGUACCAUACGUCAAGUACAAGCUACCGUUGUAAAAAUAAUCACACCUCUUUGUAUGUCCCUCUCUGAGUAUUUGUAAUUUAUUUAAAGUUAGUUUUUAUUUUCACGAUCUCAAUCUUAGGUUUUUUUAAUGCAAAACAAAAAGUUUCUUGUUUUUGAGAUUAAAUUGACUGACUUAUGAAACAUGUGUAAUCAUUUUCAAGUAAAAAGAUAGGAAUGAUAUAUAUA